AGCGGCAAUGUCUUCUGCUCCCCCUCCUUCGUCGCCAGCGCCGCGAGCGCCGAAUCCAGAGGCGCCGCCGAGAGUCGUCCGCCCGCCUCGGCGGCCCCCGAGGACGCCAGGCCCGCCUCCGUGGGCCGAGCGGCGGCCCUCCAUCUCCGUCGACUACGACCGCGGCCGCCGCACCGCCCGGGUCGAGGUGGACGGCAUCGGCGCCGACGCGCUCCCUGCACGGCACCGCCUCCGCGUGGAGGGAAGCCGGUGGCAGCGGGACUGGAAGGUGUCCGAGGUCACCGCGCGCGUGCUCGCGCUCCCGCGCGCCGAAGCCCAUGCGGUCGACGCUGUGCUCAACUGCUGGGCCGGCCGCUUCGCCCGCCGUAACUUCCCGCUCCUCAUUCGUGAAAUUACAUUUGCCGGGUCCUUGCAACAUGCUGUACAUGUGUUCCGCUGGAUGAAAAAUCAGGAGAACUACUGUGCUCGUAAUGACAUUUACGGCAUGAUGAUACGGUUACAUGCCAGACACAGCCAGAUCGAUCAAGCACGUGGCCUGUUCUUUGAGAUGCAAGAAUGGCGGUGCAAGCCAGAUGCUGAUAUAUAUAACUCUCUGAUCCACGCUCAUGCUCGGGCUGGUCAAUGGCGAUGGGCCAUCAACAUUAUGGAUGAUAUGCUUCGUGCUGCUAUACCUCCUAGCCGGACUACAUAUAAUAAUGUGAUAAAUGCAUGUGGUGCUGCUGGUAACUGGAAAAAGGCUUUAGAACUUUGUAAGAAGAUGACAAGAAAUGGAGUCGGACCAGACUUGGUUACGCACAACAUUGUAUUAUCUGCUUUCAAGAAUGGAUCUCAGUAUUCAAAAGCCAUAGCUUACUUUGAAAUGAUGAAAGGGGCGAAUAUUGCCCCUGACACUUUCACUUUGAAUAUUGUCAUCCAUUGCCUUGUAAAAGAUGGACAGUAUGGGGAAGCUAUCGAAUUAUUGAACUCAAUGAGGGAGAAAAGAACACAGUGUCCUCCAGAUGUUGUUACAUACACAAGCAUAAUGCAUUCUUAUUAUGUUUGUGGGAAAGUGGAAGAUUGCAAGGCAGUCUUCGAUAUGAUGGUUGCUGAAGGAGUUAAACCUAAUAUAGUAUCAUAUAAUGCACUUCUGGGUGCUUAUGCCUCACGUGGUAUGCAUGCUGACGCCUUGGGAAUUUUCAAGUUACUGAAACAAAAUGGAUUACGACCUGAUGUAGUUUCCUAUACCACUUUACUGAAUGCCUAUGGUAGGUCUGGACAGCCUGAGAAGGCAAGAGAGGCCUUUAAAGAGAUGAGGAAGAACUCAUGCAGGCCAAAUAUAGUCAGUUACAAUGCACUUAUUGAUGCUUAUGGAUCUGCUGGGAUGUUCAAGGAGGCCAUUAGUUUGCUGCAUGAAAUGGAGAAGGAUGGCAUUCCACCAGAUGUUGUUUCAAUAAGUACUCUGUUGACUGCCUGUGGCCGCUGCAGGCAAAUAACAAAAAUUGACACAAUUCUUGAAGCAGCAAAAUCUCGAGGGAUUAAACUCAAUAUAGUUUGUUACAACUCUGGCAUUGGGAGCUAUUUAAAUUUUGGAGAUUAUGGGAAAGCUUUGGAGUUGUACGCAGUAAUGAUGGCGAGCAACGUGAAUCCAGAUGCUGUAACUUACAAUAUACUCAUCAGCGGAUUGUGUAAAGUGGGGAAAUAUGCAGAAUCUCUGAAAUUUUUUGAAGACAUGGUGGACUUGAGAAUUCCUUUAACCAAGGAGGUCUACUCGUCCUUGAUUUGUUCAUACGUCAAACAGGGCAAGCUAACUGAAGCCGAAUCUACUUUUAGUUCUAUGAAAGAAUCUGGUUGUCUACCUGAUGUUUUGACAUAUACUGCAAUGAUUGAAGCCUAUAAUGAUGAUGGGAGUUGGAGGAACGCGUGGGACCUAUUCAAAGAGAUGGAAGGAAAUACUGUACAGCCAGAUGCCAUUAUAUGCUCAUCCCUCAUGGAAGCAUUGAACAGGGGAAGCCAACAUGAAAGGGUCCUUCAGUUGAUGGAAUUAAUGAAGGAAAAAUGCAUCCCACUGAACCAAAAAGCUUAUUUUGAGAUAAUAGCUUCAUGCAGCAUGCUACGGGACUGGAAAACAGCAAGUGAAAUAAUUGAACAUUUGGAUUCGUCUCUCUCAUCCAUUUCGGUUGGGACACUAAAUCAUCUUCUAACUUUUCUUGGAAAAUGUGGGAAGACAGAGUGCAUGAUGAAGUUGUUUUACAAGAUGAUGAGUUCAUGCUCUACUGUGGGCGUUUCCACUUAUACGGUUCUGCUGAGAAAUCUCUUAGCUGUUGGGAAAUGGAGAAAGUACAUCGAGGUUUUGCAGUGGAUGGAGGAUGCUGGAGUCAGUCCAACACUAUAUAUGUAUCAAAAUGUUCUUCCAUAUAUAUGGAGGGACAAUAGCAUGGAUUAUGUCACUCUUAUGCAAGAAAAAAUAAAUUCCUUGAGAGAGAAGAUAACAUGACCUUCAGACAUAUAUGCAUGUCUGUAGUGUGAAGCAAUUCCAUAUCUAAAUACGGUGGAUAACACUGGAUUAUACUCGUACUUAACAUAGAAGGUGAUGGUGAGUUUGCUCUCUGGAGUCAGCAGAGCAGUGAAUACAGCCUCCAGAAAGAAGGGCAAGGUCAGUGAAGAUCUAAAUAUACCCCAUCUAGGUGCUUGGAAAACAAAACGGAGUAUCUUGUAUGACACGUUAUGUGAUUAGGUUCAGAGAACUUUCAAAAGCGUCGAUGUUUGUUCUUAUGCUAAAUUUAGUUGUGUUUUUUACAGGCGCUAAAUUAAAGGUACCUACUACCUUGUAGAGUUUCUCGCAUGUUGUGCUAACAAUGCUUUUCGUUCAAGAAUACUAUUACAAUGAGAAGCUGCUGAUUUUAGAUGCAUUGACCCGCAA